CCACUGGAUGAAUAAUCUGUUUUUUACGCGUUAAAUCCACCCGCGAAAUCUACCCGCGGAUGCGAGCGAGCGAGCGAGCGAGCGGCCCUGGGGUGGUGGUGGUAGCGGCGGCCGGGGAGGGCGUGGAGGUGGAGGUGGCUCCAAUGGCGGAGUGGUGAGGGGGGGCUAAGAAGAAGGGAGAGGAGGGGGAGGGGAGAUGAUACGGUACCAGAUACGGAACGAGUACGGGCUGUCGGAUCCGGAGCUGUACUCGCCGGGGGGGAAGGAUGACCCGGAGGCGCUCCUCGAGGGCGUCGCCAUGGCCGGCCUCGUCGGCGUGCUCCGCCAGCUCGGGGAUCUCGCGGAGUUUGCAGCUGAAAUAUUUCAUGGCCUGCAUGAAGAUGUGAUGGCCUGUGCUUCUAGAGGGCAUGGUUUAAUGCUUCGGAUGCGGCAGUUAGAGGCAGAAUUUCCUGCAGUUGAGAAGGCCAUUAUAUGCCAGUCUGACCAUUCAAAUUAUCCACAUGAUGAUGGUGUUGAGUGGCGUGCAAAUCUUCAGAUUAAUCAAAAUAUGAUCAGUCAAGGAGAUAUGCCACGUUUCAUUUUGGAUUCAUAUGAAGAAUGCCGUGGCCCACCACGUUUAUUCACAUUGGAUAAGUUUGAUGUUGCUGGUGCUGGCGCCUCCUUGAAACGAUAUUCAGAUCCCUCUUUCUUCAAGACAGAACAUUCCUCAGACAUGAUAGAAACUGAUACUAUGAUAGAAAAGAGGCCCCGAAAAUUUAAGAAAAAAACUUUGCGGUGGAGGAAAGGGGAAACACUUGAAUCAUUGCUUAUCGCAAACUCUGAAUCUCACACUACCCCAAAGGAUCAAUCUUCUAGAAAAGUUCCACCAAGGACAACAAAGUUGAAAUACAGAUAUCCUCGGGAUUCUGACCAUAAGACCAUCAGCAGAAUGUGCAGGGAGCAUAUGCAAGAAAUAAUCUUAUCACAACAAAAGAUCUUCUCCAACUAUUCUUCGAGACACUACCAUGCAAAAUUUAGAUCAAUUGACUCAAGUGAAACAACAUCCUCAUUUGGAGAAGAUAAUUUCAAUACCCGUGUUCAAUCUUCUGCUAAACUUGAACUGACUAAGGUUGUUCCAAUAAAUGAGUUUGAUACCAUGGGGAUUAAUUCUACACACAUUAAUGGUUCAGAUGGCCUGGCGGCCCUGGAGGCAGAUGGUGGGCAAUUACAGGUUACACAGCAUGAUCCUAACAAAGUGGAAGAUGUCUGCAAGAGGUCUCUUAUGAAACAAAAUGCCAUGUUCUCCAACUCAGAUAGGAUGCAUUCAGUGCAGAAAGAGAAUCUUCUAUCAGCUGUGGUCCCUACUGAUCAAAAUGGUGAUCUUUGCAGGCCUGAUGACACUGGUACUGAUCAAGAGAACUUCGUUGAUGCUCUUAAUAACAUUGAAUCAGAGGGUGAAGCACAUGCUGAGAUGAAAAUUAAAAGGGAACUUGGUGCCAGGAUGGAAUUGGAUGGAUUGAACUUUCACCAUGAUGAAGGUGAAAAUGAACUGCACAUGGAGUUUUCAGAACUAGGUCAUGUAAUAGACUCAUCACCAUGUUUGAGUGAUUCAUGCUAUGGUGGAGAACGAGAGCGUGCAAUAUCCUCUAAUGGAAAAAUGAGUGAAGAGCCUUGUAAUGAUGUUGACCUAAUGGAAAUGGAUGUCAGCUCAUCAUCUAGUGUACUCUCUGAUGACAGUGAUGUUGUCGGGACCAAUGGUAAUAUGAAUGGUUUUCAACAAUACCAGAAUGCAUCUUUGUCCAAUGAUUAUCAUGCUAUGACUGCCCAUAGUUCUGAUAAACAGUUGUCCCAGAAAUCUAGUGGCCUGGAUGGUUAUUGUCAUGACAUGCUAGGUUCCUCUAUCAAUAGUGAUAAUUGCAUUGAAAAGCCAUAUCACUCAGUGGAGGAUGAUCAAACCUUUGCACCUGAUGGUACUUCUAUGAUAUUGGGCAGCCAUAAUGAUGUUUCACAAAAUGAUGAAGAAAUUGAAGUUAGAAAUGCUGAUGAUUCAUUGCUCCACUCUACCAUUUCCAAUCAAGAAGAACAUAGGUCCAAUAACCAGCUUGAAGGGGUGGGUGUACACACAAGCACUUCAUCUGGACAAGUGAACUCUUUCCCUAACAUGGAUCCUGCUAUGUGCAAGAAGGACUUGGCGUCGAACAAUGUUGCAGUUCCUAAAGAAAUUGAUGCAAAUACACCCUCAACAGGUUUAAAUACUGAUUGUACCCACAAGCAUGUCGACGAGUUUGAUUCAGGAGAUGCACCAAUCAAGUCAAGCAUGCAGAAUGCUCCAUUGUAUGAAUCGGAUGAUGAUGACAUUGCCGAAGAAUUGAACUCUCUACCAGAAGAUGAUCUAUAUAAGUAUGAUGUAGAGGAUCUAUACAAGCAUGUCCCAAAGGAUGAUGAAAUAGUUGUGCUAGGAAAAGGGCCUUCCACUAGGGCCAAAAGGCCCAAAACACAUCAAGAGGACCUUAUGCAACUCUCUGCUGUGCCUGGCCACUUUUCUUAUGGUCAAGAGCUCCCAGGAUUGACUGAAGCUGUAUCAAGUCCUCGAGAAGAAGAAGAAGAUGGAGAAGGAGAAGAAAAUCAUGCAGAUGAGGUACUCAUGCCCUCUUGCCCUGAUUUGAAUGAUGAGAAGAAACCAACGCUGGCCGAGGUCCUACUAGCUUGCAGUAACGCCACUCUACUUGACACUAGCAGUUCCUGUUCGGAGCAUGAUGAAUCUACUGAAACGGGAAAAAUUGCAAAAAGUGAUGAAGUUUUGGUCAAUGUUGAGGUUGCAGAAGAAUCCAUUACUGGCAGUUUUGCUGAUGACAUGGUACCUUUUGAAGAGGAUCUUCAUGAUGGUGCCAAAUAUGCUGACAAAGCAGAAUUUGUGGCUACAAAUUCUAGGGAGGAAAACUCUAGUCAUGAUGUGCAAGUACAGUCUAGUUCCCCUUGCAGGGAGGAGUUGGAAACAGUGAAAGCUCCCUGUGAAAAUGUUGGGUCAUUAGAUGAAUCACAAGAGUAUAGCUUCGAGAAAAGCAUGUGGCCGGCAAACAAUCUUCCCCAGCAUAUUGUUAUAAAAAGUACAGGUGAAGCAUGUAGUGAUAUUGAUGGUAUUCAACAUCUUUCAGCAUCGCCUUGUCAAAAAAUUCCUGUUUGUCAAGAGGAAUUACCAGAAGAGACCAGUCGUAAAGCUGAAGUUCCAUAUCAUUGUGAUUUGGAGAAGGAUGGUUCAGUAAUCUUGAACAGUAAAAUGGUGGAAGAACAACCAGAAAAUAUUGAUUUGGUGGGGGAGUCUUGUGCUCAAGAUUCUUUUGGUACAAACCCAUUCAUGGAUCCUGGGUACAAAGCGAAUCAUGCUCUAACUGAUCCAUGUCCUAGCUAUCAACCAAGCUUCUCUGAAGAAGAGCAGGAUUUUAUUUCAGAACUAUUAGUCCAGCAUGGUAAUAUGGGAAUAAUUGAAGACCUGAAUCCAGUUGUUGAUCCCCUUUGGGAAUCUGCAACUCCACCUGAUGAGGCGCCAUUGCCAUCGGAAGUUAUGAGUGAAGAGGACUUCAGAUCGUUUUGCCAUGAAUACCACGAGAUAGAUUUUACAGCAGAACUUGAAAGUUUUAAUGAUAAACCAGCCUCAGAUUCUAUUGAUAUCUCAAAUAGUUUUGUGACCAGCGAAUCGGAGCUCCCCUAUUGUGCCUCUGCAGUAUGGACAGGACUGGAUCAGGAGGAAGCCAGAGAUGCUCCAGGUGAUACAUCAAUGCACGUUUCUGCCAUAGAGGGUCCUGAUGACGGGGCAGCAAAAUCUGACUUAAAAUCUGAUGAGCCCUUCAUCGAUGAGAAAAUUCCUGAAUUAGGAGUUCCUUCUGUUCCAAUGGAACUAGAGGUUGAACAACAUGGCUUGCAUGAGGUUGAUUCUCAUAGUACUUCCCAGUUGUUGGAAAGUGACAAGAUCGACGAAACAUGUAGCUCUCCUUCAGACAACAGUAUUACAGAGAAAGAAAUACAUGAAAACUGUGCCAAUCUUGUUUCAAAUGCUUUCAUUAAUGAAAGGAUAAAUGAGCUAGCAGUUCCUCUGAGUAACUCUGUAUCGCUUGAACCAACAGAAGAAGCUCAUAGCUCGAAUGAUGAUAGUUACCAAGAUCCAUGGCCUUCGACCAGUGAGGGGAUGGAUGAAGUGGAUGACAAUUCAUUGAGCAAACUAAUUCAAGCCCAGGGAUCAGAAGUCCUUGUUUUAGGUGAAUUUGAUUCUCAAGUUGUUCCAUCUUCCUCUGUUAAGAUAGAUCAUGUAGCUGUCCCUCCUUUGAGUACUGUUCUUGAAGCAGAACAGGUACCAGAAGAUUGUAUAUCAGUUGAACAUAAUUCUCAAAUCACCAAAUCUUCUUUGGUUGAUGAGGAGACAGAUGAAUUGGAUGAUUCCUCUCCAUUGAGCACUGCUCAUCUAGUGGAAGUGGAAAGAGAAGUUUGUGUCCCAGGCGAAUCUGCUCCUCAAAUUGCUUCAUAUUCUCCAAGUAACGACAAAGUAGAUGAACCCAAUUUCUCUCCUUUGAGCAGUUCUGUGUUAAUAAAACUUGAGUCAGAAGACAAUGUCUCUGGUGAUCUUGAUUCCCAUAUCAUUCCAUGCUCUUCUGUUAAUGUUAAGACUAAUGAACCAGAUACUGAUACAUCAACAAAUGUUCUUCCGGUGGAGUUAGAGCAGGAAGUGUGUUCAUCCCUAGAAUUUGUUUCUCAAAUUGCCCCAUGUUCCUUGAAUGAUGAUAAGGUUUGUGAGCUAGAUGGAUCUCCAUCCAAGCAAUUGGAAUCAGAGAAGGGAUCUUAUUGCUCACCUAAAGUUGAUCGCCAAAUUGCACUGUAUUCUUCAGUUGUACUGGCUGAGACAUCAACAAUGCCUUCUGCUAGGGCCAUGCCAAGUACCAAGGAAACAUAUCGAUUGUUAUCUCCUGUUCCACCACCCAGUGAACCAUUUCCAGAUAUUUCUUGUGAAGAUCCUCAAAAACCACCACCUCUCCCUCCUCUUCUAUGGAGACUCGGAAAGCCUCGCCUAGGAAUUGCGAGUACAAAAGACCAUAUGCCCGAGCCUGAGGGGGGGAAAAAUCCUGUUUUGCAUACUUCAGACACAGAGAUGGAUAAUAUGCCAGGUACACCAAGUGGAAUGACCGAAUCAGUAGAGCCAGUUUCCUGUCAAGAGAUCAACGAGAGGCAUCUGGAUCCUAUAUUAGACAAUAAUGAUCAAGGGGUAGAAUCCAGAAGGUUGUCUACACUUCUGACUGUAAAUGAUGUUGCAGGGACCGAACAUGUCCAGUUAUUUCCGGAGGAUUGUGAAAACAUUAAUCAUCAAGAGCAUGUGUCUUCAUCAGAAACAGAUGUAGAGGAACAUCAUAAUGGCACUGGGAUUACAGAUGUAACGAAUUCACACCCAUCGAAACCAUUGUUUUUAAAUCUGUUAUAUGAACAUGCAGUUAGCCAGCAGGGUCUUCAGGGGUCCGUUUUUCCUUUAGAUGAUUCGGACAGUAAUGAACAUGCCAGUUAUCGAGCUGUAUCAGAGGAUGAAAGAACAGUGGAUAAUCACAAUGCUGCAUGUGCCAUGGACUUACACUCGAAAAGUUCUCCAACAUCUGGGCAUGUUUCAGAGAAUGAGUGUAACCAGCAACCUCAUGGUGAAUCACUCUCAGCGACUUCAGUUGAUAAAGAGCAUACUUCAGAUGCACCAUGCGAGGACAACAAACUAAAAGAUCAUUUUAUCACGAGCGAGGCAUGUUCAUAUGCAACAAAUCUUCCUGCGUCAGGCUUGCUGACGGAAGAAGGAAGUAUCCAUAAUGGGGAGAGUCAGGAUGAAGGCCCAUUACCUAGUGAAGAAUCAUCAGGGUGUCUAGAUUACCCACACUAUGACCACAGAUUGGAGAAAGAAGACAUACACCGGCCAGAUGGUUAUGCAGCAACCCCUAGUGAUAAUAACUACCUUAAAAGCCCUCAGGAAGGUGGCUAUUCACAUGCCGAGCAGCCACCAGUCAUUGGGUGGACUGUGAGACCCCAGAUGCUUCAUCCAAAUUAUGGCAUAUCAAUGGAAGAGAACCAAUUUGAACCCAAGGUUGAAGAUCAUCUACUAAUCAAGAAGCCAAUUUCAAUUAGAAAUAUCCCAAGGAAUCCACUGGUUGAUGCUGUUGUUGCCCAUGAUAGAAGCACGAUGCGAAAGAUUUCAGAACUUGUGCCUCCAACUGAUAAGACAAAACCCAAUGAGAGAAACCUGUUGCUAGAGCAGAUAAGGAACAAGACCUUCAACCUGAAACCGGUGAGUUCAGCGAAGCCGACAACCAUCAGAACCCCUCCUAGAGCCUCAACAAGAAACUUGAAAGUUGCUGCCAUAAUAGAGAAAGCGAAUGCCAUACGCCAGGCAGUGGGAAGCGAUGAUGAGGAUGGAGAUAAUUGGAGUGAGUCGAGUGACACAUGAAAGUGCACAUUUUGCCCCAUUUUUGUGGCUGGAAGGUGCCGAGGCAUCAACAAGUUGCUGGACAAGCUGCACAGCCAUCUCAUCUUUUGGAUAGCGUUGCUAGUUGUGUGUAUAGUAUAUGCCCAUACGUUUUGUCUCUUUUUUUUUUUUGGCAAUUCUUUUGGUCCGCAUUGUAUGUAUAACUUGCCUCUCCCAGCAGCAAAUGCUGCUGAUGGUAGUCAUGUUCCGAGGAGGGCAGUAUUAUUCAGGUUUAUGUAAAUUAUCAAUCUGUUGUUCUAGUUAAAAAAGCUGAUUUAUC